GUCUUUCUUACCUACGUACCUAUGUACGUUCGUAUGUACGUACGUUCUCGGUACCAGAAGUCCCUAGUAGUCGACAAGUACCUAUGUUACUUGAGCUGCUCGCCGUCGUUAUCCACUGCUUGGAAACUUAUUGCUUUUGGCCGUCAUCGCCCGACAGAUUCCUUCUUGGUCCGUCAUCGGUGCUUCGCUUUGUUACACCUGGGUGAUUUUAGCUUCUUAUCCAUGACUACUCGUGCUUGGGUACUACUACUGCUUCAUCGGCUCUUGUCUUGGCCACUUUAAGAUUUGCAUUUUCUGGAUCUGUUGUUGCUUCUUCUGAUAGAUUCCAGAAAUCACCAUCCCUCUUCACCUCAAGUAUUUUCUAUUCAUGAGUGAGUGAGUGAGUGAGUGAUCGAACGAUCAAGAAAGAGUUUGUCCAAAAGAAACAAAGUGCCAUCCAUUGUGAAGCUACCAUUUGGAGCCAAGCAUCGUGAAUAUUCCACAAAACUCCACUUCUGUGUAAGAAGUGAGAACUUUCUGGAUUAAGUCUGAACGAACACGUGUGCAUAUGCCGUAGUUCUAGUGAAAGGGGACCUCAAUCACGUGUGCCUUCACUUUCUUGAGAUUGAGUGGAGACAACUACGUACAUACAUACAUACACACACAUUAUGUGUUGUACAGUAUGCACGCUUCCAAAUCUGUCAGGAAUGAUCAGUUCUGAAUGGCUCCCGAUUCAUUCAAUAUCUCAAGUUCGUAACUUGUGAGUGUGUGUGUGUGUGUGUGUGUUUUAGCUUGACGGUGCAAUAGUUGAGGAAUUAUAUCAUGAUCAUGAUUUUUCAGUGAUGCUCGCUCCUCAUAACGCUCAAGACUGAGUUCGGGGAGGUGGUCGGCGGGCCGGUUAGUCCGGUAGUUAAUCAGUGGCUGCCAAAGUGCCAAGCAUGCUGAGCAGUUUCUUUUGAAUCAUCCACAAGUCCAGUGUCCUACUAAGCCUCUCGAGUUAAUCUUCACUCUUAUGCAGCAUAUGCCGUGGACUGCAAUUCGGCCUCAGGGUCGACCUCAUAUCGUUUGACGGGGGUGGAUGAACGAUUCUGAAAACCUGACAAAUUUGACAAGGGCUGUUGAGAAACGCCGAACCGAACGAAAGCGUCUGCUCGGUGAAUCGUAAUCUCAAGUGCUCCAAGAUUUGCCAGUGUAAUCGCCGGAAAUCUAUAAUUGCGCAUACCAAGAGGAAAUUUGUUCUAUGGCGUUUGUAUUUGGUUCAUGAACUUGAAGCAAGCAAAUCAGAGUGUCAAAAGUUGUUGACUUUGUUAAGUGUGAUAAGGUUUAUCGCGCCAUGAUUUCCACAUGAUUGACUGCCUACCAGAGGAAGUGCCCUCACAAUGGGACUCAUGUUGUCGAAAAACAUUCAGAAGUUGACAAGAGGGUCGAAUUCUCGAAAAGGUUCCAACCGAGGCGAAAUACCUCGGCCUUCAAGUCCGCCAAGAGGUUUGGCCACCAUUUUGCGCUCACCGUCGCUGACGGAUGAAUUUCACAAAUAUCUUCAUGACUUGGACGAAGAUACAGAGGAGGACGGAUUGCGCCAAAACUGGUUGGAUUUCGUGAUGUCCUGCCGUGAGCUCAAGGAAGUUAUCGAAAGUGGGACGGAGAACAAUCACAAGGUUAAAGUGCAAAAUAUCUUGAGGAAAAUGGCGACCGACUUCUUUAACGGAAAAGACAACGCCAAACGAGUGAGCUUGUCAAAUCCGGUGUUAUGGACAAAGUGCCAAGGCCUCUGCGUCAAGGCCAAAGCUAAGAAUGCUCGAGACUUAUCUCCAAUAUGGUUGGCUCAUGACGAUGUGAUCAAAAGCCUGGACGAUAUCCACCAGCCUUUCCUACUACAAAGAUAUGAUGAGCGAAAUGGUGGAAAUGUUCUCGCUGAUGCUGUGCAAUGUCUUCUUUGAUCAAGAAGAGGAGGCAAGGGAAGUGGAGGGAAAAUAUUUGUUUUUUCUCGUUAUUCAAUCCAACCUUCUGGCCUUGUUUUCGUAUGGCAGUGACAAGCUGGAUGGAAUUCUAUUUACUGAAAAACCUCUUCAAGCGAAAGAUGAGUAUUCUGGAUCUGUUGUGAAUGUACUCAUGUCAGAGGAAUGGAAGCCUAAGAUGUUGGAUUCUCCGGAAUCAAGUGGAAAUGGCAUCAAAUUUGCUCAGAAUCCCGGAUCCACGUGUGUCUUAAGCCUACAUUUCGCGGCUAUAUUUAAUAUCCACAUCCCUCCCUCGGAGGAAAGCUCGGCUGGGCUGACUUUCCUCUGGUUGGUCGUUGGCAGAUUUCUCUUCUUUACCUUGAAUCGAACUUUUCUACUACUGUACGACAUUCAUAACAAGCAGCUGAAGCGGCCCAUCCUGGCCCUUGACGCCCCAAUGCAUGGAAUCCUCCGAUCCGACCCACUUCCCAUGGACAUGACUGAAUUGAACGAACACAGAGAGGUGUGUACGACGAGUACGCACACAUCUUGAUGUGCUCUGUGUAGCGUUCUUUGGCUUGUCCUCUGAGGCUUGGCUGAAUUCAUGCCUACAUAGAUAGAUAGACCAAGCCUACUGGGCCGAAAUGGGUGAUAUUUUGCUUCCGAGAACAAAACCAAAACCCUCUGUGUAAUCGAUGAGUUGAUCACGCCAAAAUAUCCCUUUCCACUGUCCAUAUUGAUUUGCUCUCGGUCAACAUUGAACUUACAACCCAAAAUAGAAUGCCCGGAUCUCGUAGUGGAUAUCAAGGAAUAGCAAUGGCAAAUUACAGCUCUCCUAAACCAGACCCAAUUAAAUUUGGCCGAACGACUUCAUGCGUCUCGAAUCCACAGACCUCGGCAUUAGAUGCACUCAAGGAGUCCAACAACCAAAUGCUCUCAGAUUUAUUGACAGAGACGGCCGCUUAUGGAUCUCCGGAUCUCACUGUGGAGAUCAACAAAGCGUAUCCUGAAGAAAAAUUCAAGACUUUACUUCACCUUGCCGUGGAGAGGGAAAAUGUAUCGGCCGUCAAGAUUCUUUUGGCUUCAAAAGCCGAUCCAAAUUUAAGCAAUCGAUUAACUCAACAAACUCCUAUCCACGUGGCUGCUCGAAAGGGCAAUGAGGAAAUAUUGAAGGUCCUUCUUUUACAUCGAGCAAAUACCAAUGCGGCUGCGGCCGACGGGAAAACUGUUCUGCAUAUUCUCGCCAAGAAGUGCAACGAUGAGUUCAUGAAUGAGGGUUACAUGCGAUGCCUGACCUUGGUUUUGCACGAAAGACGAGGAUUUCCAAAAGUUGAAAUUGAUAAGGCCGAUAAUCAAGGGGCUCAAACUGCCCUUCUUGUGGCGGCUAAAAGUGGACCAAGCCGAGACGGAGCCUUGAGAUAUUUUGAAGUGAUCCGAUUACUCCUCGAUCAUGGGGCUGAUUGGUCCCUGCUUUGUCAAGAUGGAGAAGGUGGUACGAUUCGGGAUUUCAUCAAGGCCAAGGUCAGCCCUGAGAGGUUCAACAUGUUGACGGAAAUUGUGGAUGCCUCCGGAUUGGCUGGAGAUAGUAUUGGAUCUGCUGUUUGGAGAGAUCUUUUGAACCUGAUCAAUGAAGCAGAACUGGAGGAAAAUUGGGAUCGCUUCAAUCAAGCUUUAAAGUUGGCCCAAGAUUCAGACCUUGUGGCCAAUAAUCCGGGCGAACUUAGCCUUAUUCAACGGGCUGCUGAGGUUGGAUUAGACCGCCAUGUUGACUCUUUGUUAAAGAGAAAUGUGGACCCGAAUUUUGCUGCCACCGGAACGGCUCCAGCUUUGAUACUGGCGUCUAAAAACGGCCAUUUUGACGUUAUCAAUGUGAUGAAAGGGCACAAAAUGAGCAAUGAGAGGAACAAGGGCACAAAGUGCACGAACUUUGGCAUCAUUGAUAUGCGGACGCGUUCCUCGGUCUUGCAUUCUAUCCUGAGGAAACCUUAUGGAGAGGACUUACUUUUGCACACUGAUGGAGACUCUAUGGAAUCCAAAUACACCCGGUGUCUACAAGUCAUUCUUGAAGACGCAGAUGACACGUUUGCAAGCUCGUCUAGUUUUGAACGUGAGAUCAGAAAGGUAAUCAACUCUUUUGAUGAGAUGGGAAACACUCCCUUGCACUAUGCCACCCAAUCCUGGCCUCAAUCAAUUGUGCGCUUACUUUUGGAAAAAGGAGCCAACAUCGGAAUGAAGAAUGCAUAUAAUGAAAUCCCCGUGGAAAACAUCCUCCCCGAGACCAUGGAGUCGUUCUUGGACGAAUUCUGUCUCACUUCAGAGGGAGACGUAACGAACAAGGAUUAUCGAAUGACAGCCCGUUACGAUUUCCUGGCUCCUCCGCGAGAAAGCUUGGAAGUUGUGAUUAAUGGGACAAACUCGACUCGAAUGAGGCGAGAGGGCUGGUCACGCAAUGGCUUGGUGGAUACCGAAGCCAGUUUGGUGCAGGAUAAAUUAAAGAAGCCCAGAGGAGACGAUGACAAUGAGGAUAUCGAUGAGGAAGACGACAAGAUCCCACUUCCAGAGACUGAAGUCUUGUGGUACAUGAGUCAAUCCAAGCAACAUCGUCACCUUUUGAAGCACCCGGUGAUCACUUCAUUCCUUUGGAUGAAGUGGAAACGCAUCAGUUUUGCGUACAACCAAAAUCUGGCCUUCUAUUUCUCAUUCGUGACUCUUUUGACCUCAUACAUUUUCACUCUGUACGGCGGGAAGAGCCUUAGGGCCCGGAGUAUCGUCGCCGAGGAGUGUCCGGCAGGAUCGCUCGGCAAAAGCGGCAAUUUCGAUGCCGAAUCUGGUCAAACAAACUCACCCUCCUUACCCGUUGAAAUCACGAUAUUGUGGUACUUGAACUCGAUCCUGCUACUCAUAUUGUUCCUGAGAGAAUCGCUCCAGUUUGGAAUCGCUCCACGGCGGUACUUUUUCAGCUUGGAAAAUUGGCUUGAAGUCUCACUGAUUGUCUUAAUUGGAGCACUACUCUUUUACGGUGGAUUUGGAUGCAACGUUUCAACCAAACGACAUAUUGCUGCCAUCGUCAUUGUCCUUUCGUGGUCGGAAUUAAUUACCAUGAUUGGACGACAUCCCAAGUUGAGCACGUACAACAUCUAUGUCACCAUGUUCUAUCGGGUCAUCUCAACGUUCAUCAAGUUUUUGUUGUGGUACUCGCUGUUCAUUGUGGCUUUCGCUCUGGGAUUCUAUAUUCUUCUUCAUCGAGACGAUGGACAUGAGCCCGAGGAUGACGAGUAUACUUUCUUCAACUUUAUUGGUCUGUGCUUGGUCAAGACCUUCACCAUGUUCGUGGGUGAGCUGGAAUUCUCCGACCUUCCCAUUGACACGCCCGUUGGAUACUUGUUCUUCUUGGCAUUCAUCUUCUUGAUCGUGGUGGUCAUGAUGAACCUUCUCAAUGGUUUUGCUGUCAGCGAUACGGGGGUUAUUCGACAGGAGGCAGAGAUCAAUUCAUAUAUAUGUCAAGUCGAAGUCAUAUCCUACAUCGAGUCCAUGCUCUUGGGAGAUCCCUUCAACUUUUUAUCCAAUUGGCCUAGUUUUGUUUGGCUGAGGAGACUGCCUUCAUGUAGUUUAGGCAACACUCUGUACCGUGUUCCCUCCCUUCGGAAGAUAUUUCACAAGCUCACUGGAGCAGGGGGCAUUUUGCUCUUUUACGAGCAUCUACCCGAAAAGAAAGUGGAGUUCUACCCAAACCAUGAGGUUCCGUUCUGCGGUUGUCUGGGUCGGGAAGAUCAUGACGUCCACGGAUAUGACUUUCAUCCUUCGAUCUUGGAAGCGGCCAAAGCAGUGGCCUUGGGGAAAAUCCGAGCCAAAGAUAGUAUUGAACAACGGCUUUCGAAUAUUGAGGAUAUGCUGUUUCGCUUAUUGAACAACAACAACAACUCUGAUGCCACACGGAAUCUAAUUUUGUGAGCAUCGCGCUACACGCAAUUUCCUGCUUUUCUUGUAAAUAUUGACCUUCUACUAAUGAAAAAUCAAGUGGCUAAUGCUUGCUAUUAAUACAUGUGGACGGGAAGAAGCUUCUUAAGCAAAGAGGUUUUGGAUUGGUUAUGUUUUAUUAACUCCGAUUAAGAAUUAAUUCAUAUUCAUAUAGAUAUGGAAAAUAUAAUCUUCAAAAUUGUU